AUGAACGGGAAUACACAAUUAUAAAACCAUAUAAAAAAUCAGUUAUCCAGAAUGCAUGUUAUAGACGAUUUUGAUUUGAAGCAAUUUAUCGGCAAGUAAAAAUUUGGAAAAAAACGUUUUCUAUGCAAAUCACUUAGCACACAACUAUAAAACUGGACUGAUAGUGAGAGAUGAAAUGAUCAAAAACCAGACUCGGACGUCUGGUUUCCACCUAGUCCAGUCUACAAUCGAAACGCAUGUACGUUGCUGCAUCGUUACUGUUAGUUUAUGUGUUCAGUGGUGUGAUAUAAUCAUGGUAUUAGUAAUAUCAAGUGUCGUGCAUUUGAAUAUUUAUGACGAUUGUAUCUAUAGGAUUGUUGCUUCCAUUAAGUUGGGUCUGUAGAUUAGCAAAAGAGAUGGAAAAGGCGGCGACUAUAGGGAACACAAGACAGCUUUAUGGACUAAUAAAAGAAAUUGGAACUAAUAAGUCAAGUGUAAGUGAGAUUAUAUCGGAAAAAGACGACACCCUCAUCUGCUGUCAGGUCAGACGUUUAGAACGAUGGGCGGAACAUUUCAGAGAACAGUUCAACUGGCCUUCAGCUACUCUACAACUACCCUCCAUUCCCAGACAGUGUGAAUGGAACAUUGAAGUAGGUCCCCCAACUCUUGCUGAAGUUCAAAAGGCUAUAGUUAAUCUGAAACGAGGAAGGGCAGCUGGUCCAGAUGGAUUGGCUCCAGAGGUCUUUAAGGAUGGUGGUCCAAUUUUAGCGAUUAGGUUGACUAAUAUUUUAGCUAAAAUCUGGGAGUUAGACGUUAUUCCAUCUGACUGGUCGCAAUCACUUAUCGUCCCAAUAUAUAAGAAAGGGUCAAAAUCAUCUUGUGACAACCACAGAUGAAUUAGUUUAACUAAUAUAGUAUCUAAAAUACUAGCCUCGAUAAUUAUCAGACGCCUAACUAAGACUUGUGAACUGCAAACACGAGAGAACCAAGCUGGCUUCAGACCUGGUCGUGGCUGCAUCGACCACAUAUUCACCAUUCGUCAGAUUCUAGAACACAGGCAUACUUAUCGACGUCCGACAAUGGUGGUCUUUCUUGACUUAAAUGCAGCAUUUGACUCGGUAGACCGCGAGAUUCUGUGGCAGUGUCUGUCAUUGAAAGGCGUACCACAGAAGUACAUAAACCUUGUGAAAGCUCUUUACUCGAACACUACUAGUCGAGUCAGAGCUUAUGGCGAACUGUCAUCUACUUUUGCAACCUCAAGUGGUGUCCGUCAAGGCUGUCCACUUUCCCCAUUUUUGUUUAACUUCAUCAUAGAUCUACUGAUGGAAAUAACUUUCUCAUCGACUGAGUUCUCGGGUAUUGAUCUCCUUCCAGGAGGUCCACUUAUCGACUUAGAAUACGCAAAUGAUAUAGUCCUGUCUGGUGAAGACGCUGACAAAAUGCAGAGUCUUUUGGCAGCACUAAGCAACAAUGCCAGAAUGUUUGGAAUGCGCUUCUCUCCCUCUAAAUGCAAGUUGUUGCUUCAGGACUGGUCUGCGUCAACACCUGAACUAAGGAUAGGGAGUGAAGUAGUCGAACGCGUCGACAACUUCACUUAUCUUGAAAGUCUGAUCAGCCCUAAUGGGUUGGUAUCGGACGAAAUCUGAGCACGGAUUCGAAAAGCUGGUUUGGCUUUUGCCAAAUUACGUCACCUUUGUCGAAGGCGAGAUAUCCGUCUAUCAAUUAAAGGACGAGUAUACUGCACGGCAGUCCGUUCUGUUUUACUUUACGGAAGCGAAACAUAGCCAUUAAGAGUAGAAGACACCCGUAAGCUACUAGUAUUUGACCACAGAUGUCUUAGAAAUAUUGCUGGCGUCUGUUGGGAUCACCGGGUAAAUAAUAGUGAGGUUAGACGCAGGGUAUUAGGUAAUGAUGGUAAAUCAGUUGAUGAGGUUGUGAAUCUUCAUCGACUGAGAUAAUUGGGCCACCUGUUACGUAUGCCUGAACACCGAUUACCACGAUGUGCAAUGCUAACCGGUGCUGGAGAUGGUUGGAAGAAAGUUAGGGGCGGCCAAACCAAAACGUGGCAUCAGUGCUUGAAGUCACUAACUUCUAGUCUGAGCCAUGUUGGUAGAUGCAGACUACUUGGUUGGGGUCCGCGUGACUUUCGUAACCAAUGGUUGGAGACUCUUGGUGACAUGGCUCAGAAUCGAUCACAAUGGCUUCGGUGCAUACACUCCAUGUCUUCCCUUAAACUAAGAGAAUAAAAUCACUUCAUAUCUUUCUUUCUACGAACUAAUUCUUUCUUCCUGUACUAUAUCCUUAUUGCAAUCUUUCUCCUAUAUAUUACCACCUUUGACCUAACCACUCCUAUGAAUCCGGUGUUCAUCUUGCUGUGCUAAUGAGGUAUGGCAACCUGGACCGAUGCAUAUAUGUGCCUGGUCCCACGUUGUACCUGACUGACUGACUGACUACUGAUUAUUAAAAAUACACAGGUUUUGUUGUAAACAGUCUGUGCAAUGUUUGACUUCCUUGAAAACGAUCGUAUCUCGACAUAGACAUCUACAAAUUACUGUUUAAGAUGUCUUGUGUGCUAUGAUUUUUACUUUAGUGGUUGAAGGACAAUCAUUCAUAUUCACUACGUUCCUUCAUCACUUGUUAUCCACUACGAUGUGUAAUGAUUGUUUCUUAUGCGAAGUACCAAACUUUUAAGCGUGAAUCAAUUGAAUCAAAGCGGUUUGCCACUAUACUACACUUUGCAUUGAUUCAAUUUUUACAGCACCUCAGUCUACAGUGGAUGUAUAUGUCCGCCUAUUUAUCUUAAUGUAAUUUUUUUAUCUACGUAUCUUGUUUUUUAGUUGUUCGGAUUAGUUCACCUUGUUACCUACCCCAUAUUUGUAUAUAUAUUGUGCAAUUUUUUACUCAAAUUGAAUGUCGAUCAUGGAUUGUAUGAAUUCGGGAGAUUCUUCAUCUCCAGUAGUGCAAAAGUCUGCAAAUGACUUGAGAGAAUAUAAAGUGGUGCGUUUAUGCAAUAGGAUGAAAGUGCUUCUCAUAAGUGAUCCGGAAACAGAUAAGUCUGCAGUGUGUUUAUCUGUGAACAUUGGUUCACUGUCGGAUCCGAAAGAACUGCCUGGUCUCGCACACUUUUGUGAGCAUAUGUUGUUUCUUGGUACGAAAUCAUUUCCAACAGAAAAUACCUAUUUGAAGUACAUAACCGAUCAUGGUGGUCACUGUAAUGCUUUUACGAGUCCAGAUAGAACUUCUUAUGUGUUUGAUGUUGCACCUGAAAGUUUGAAGGGUGCGUUGGAUAUUUUCUCACAGUUUUUCAUCUGCCCUCUUUUCACCGAUUCUGCAACAGAACGUGAGGUGAGUGCUGUACAGUCGGAACAUGAGAAGGACAUUAGUAAUGAUACUAGACGUCUUUUUCAGCUAGAGCGAAGCUUGUCAAAAAGUGGUCAUGAUUAUACGAAAUUCCUCUCCGGUAAUCGAUACUCUUUAUUUGAGUCCAGUUGUGCACAAUCGGUGAAUACACGCGAAAAGUUGUUGCAAUUCUAUUCAACAUGGUAUUCGUCAAAUGUGAUGGGACUAGUUAUUCUUGGAAGAGAAUCCAUAAAUGACCUAGAGAAACUUGCAGAAGAUAAGUUUUCGGAAGUUAUUGAUCGUAAUGUUGUGCAACAAUCAUGGAACGAUACUCCAUGGCCUGAUAUAUGUCUCAAGAAAAUGGUAUAUGUCGUCCCACUGAAUGACGUCCAUCAAAUGAAUAUAAUGUGGCCUAUUCCUGACUAUAUUCCAGACUAUACAGCUCAAGCCACUAGUUAUGUGACUUAUUUACUUGGUCAUGAAAGUCAUGGAAGUUUACUGAGCUUAUUCAAAAAUGCAGGCUGGGCUAAUCAACUAACAUGUGAUGUUAAUAGAUCAGGAGUUGGGAUUUGUUAUCUGAAUGUGUCCGUUCAUUUAACUUUGAAAGGACUUGAGAAAAUCAAUGAAAUUAUAGCAAAUAUAUAUCAAUACAUCAACAUGCUUCACUCUGAUGAACCAAAAAAGUGGGUGUUGGAUGAAAUACAGACUUUAUGGAAACUAGGCUUUCGAUUUCAAAACAAAGAGACACCUUAUGAAUACGUGAUAAGAUUAUCCCGCAAUUUGUUGAUUUAUAAGAUGCAAGAUAACCUAACUAAUCAUUUUAUGGCAACUGUCCAUGAUCCUAAUUUAAUUAAGAAACUAUUAACUUGUCUUACUCCUGAUAAUAGUCGCAUCUUUUUACUUAGUAAAACGUUUGCCGACAAAUGUGUGGAGGAAGAACCCUGGUAUCACACUAAAUACCUUGCUAUUAAUAUUCCUGAAAAUACCUUGUCAGUAAGUCAUUGUUCUUAGCAAAUAUUAUAAUCGAAAAUCUUAUUCUAAUUAAAUAUCGUUGUUUAAAUUGUAUUUGAUAAUGCGAAGCUGUUAGAUCUUAUUUAAGACUGAUCAGCAUGUAUACGGGCAUCUGAAUUUUAUGAAGGUUUUUCGGUUAAAACUGGAACUGUGUUUGAUUGCUUGAAAUUCUGUAGUUAUUCGAAUUGUGAGUAACAAUAUCCAUCGGUUGUUCAGCAAAAAGUAGUUAUAGAACCUUGGUCACGCGGUCGCGUGCCUUCACAUGCGAUGCUGGUUAGCAUAUGAGUGCAAUAAAAGAAGUUUGGAUACGAUCAAACUAACAUAUGGUAUCAUUUUAUAAAGCCAUGAACUCCUUAUGUGAGGCGUUAUAUAUGUUAGCCUUUUCAUCGUAUCUUAUAUUCGUAGACACUAGAAUAAGUGUAUCAAAAUGGCUUAGAGUGGCACAGUUACGUCCAUUUUUAUCUUCUUUGAUUCAUGUGGUUUUUGUUAGUCCAGAUUUUAUUAGCUGUAAUCGAAAUACAUUUAGUAUUCGUUACACCUCGUUAAUGUUUUUUUUUUCAAAUAUGUUGGUAUAAAAUGAUUGAUCGGGAUGACAGUUGUUUUUAUCAACUAAACAACAACAGCGGUUAAUCAUACCAAGUCGACAUUCAUUCAGACAAUUUAAUCCUCAUCUCCGACAGAUUCUUACUUCUUGUAAGGUCUUUUCUUUGCUCUCCUCAAUUUUUUACGUUUUUGGAGGUAAUUCGGUCGAAUUUUAUCGAGACUUUUUGACUAGGACACCAAACAUAGAAAACAGAAAUUAUCGUAACAAGUGAAAAUAUUCACUUUAUCGUCCAGAAAGGCAUUUAUGCACAAAUUCAGCUUUGUUAUUUGAAUCAUGUUUUUCAGGUAUAGGAUGUUUUCCUUACACUGGACUUUGUGGUUUGGUGAGAAAGAAAAGCCUUUCCAAACUUGUCAUAUAUUUUGUGAGGAAUAGGAAUUAAACAGUGAUCAGGACUGAGAAACAGAGCUCGUUUUUUUAAUCUCGUAGAUCCUACAUAACAAACUGACUGAAUAAAUACAUAAUUAAUAAAAGCUAGAUUUAAUAUGGAAAUCAGAAUGAGGAGGGACAUCUACUAGUUUCUGGUGAUGUAAAAGUGGGAGUUUCAAAUGCAUGAAUAAAAGUCAUCACAUACCAAUGAGGACAGAAGUAGAAAAUUUAGUGAAUUCGUCGACGAAAAGAAUUUGUAUAGAUUAAGUGGAUUCCGAAGUCUCAUAUAUGUUAGUAAAGUAAAUUUGAUUGUUUGUUCAAAUAUGUCGAUCUAUGUCUCAACGUUAAACAACUAAUAAAAUCUUUCGGAAAUCUGAAGCCUCUUUUUUGGCCUUUUGUUCUGAUUUCUAUUUCGAAGAACGAAUGAAUAUACUAUAAACAUAAAUCUUCCAUUUAACUCUGUAUAUUACCUAGGCUAACUCCUUUUGUGUGACAGCGGUAUUAAAAAGCCAAAUACUGGUUGCGUUGGAUGAGUGUACUUCAAGCGCUCGUUUAUCCAUACAGACAUUCAGGAAAAGAAGCGUGAAAGCGAAGCGGAGAAGGCGAGCAAGCCAAUUCGUUUUGAUAAAGCGUAACCCAGUGUUAUGCUUCGUUAUUGCUUGAAUGCGAUUACUGAUGCGUCUUACUCGAACGAACGAAGGAUCAAUGAUUCAGCGACUCGAUAGCCUAUUCUGGUCCGUUGUCCCCAACUCUGCUAACUCGAUCAAGAAGUCUGGGUAAGGUGUAGAAAGUGUAUUCUACAGACAACAGCAGAUAACAAGUCAGGCAGGCAGAUCAGAUCAAGCAUACAAGUCAAGCGUAUUUAUACAAAUAUUUACAAUCGAUAUUGUCAUGGAAGAUUUUUGAACAUUAAUCAACAAUUGACUGCUAUUUGAACAUUUAAUCGAUAGUUCAUCAAUUGACCUAUUUGCGCCUUUAAUCGAUAGUUCAUGAAUUGACCCCAAUAAAAAUAUCUAACAUUUAAUCGAUUCGAUGAUCGAUAAGAUAAAAUUUAAAAAUAUGAGUUUGGGGAUCUAUCGUCCCCAACACCCAGAUAAAAAUUAGCUACAGACUGUGAUGAAUAGUGUAAGCAAUGCACACACGCUCAUAUAAGAACAGUCAAAGUUAAUAAGCGAAUGACUGACAAGGUCAAAAUGAGACCCGAGAAGAAUAAAGAAAUUGGUCUGUCUGGAAGCAAGAAUAACCCAUGUGGGCUUGACAUCGCACCAGACACUAUAACCUACAUGAUUGGACUGAUACGGAACGUAGCAGCAUAGGCACACUUUUUCUAUUAAUGGGACGAUUCUUAAAACCAUGUUGUCGUAUCAUAUUAUUGUGUAAAUCGUGAGACUGAAAUUAAUAAGUGAUUAUACCACAAUGAAAAUCCGUAUUUAGCCAAAACAAAAUUAAGCGAUAAUUCACUUUUGUAAUGACAAGUUUGUAGUUAUUUAGCUUAAGUAUCCCUCUUAUUUAUUAUUACUAGCUUUAAAUGUUGUGUCUUCGGAAGAAGAUAUGGAUUUCUCUUCUUCUUCUUCUUCUUAAUUCCUGUUCAAUGUGGUAUCAGGUAUAUGUCAAUUUAUUAGUCUUUAAUGUUAUAAUGUCCGGUACUGAUACUGAUACACAAGCCUCUCUAAUCAAGGGUGAGAAGGUAGCUUGUAUUGGGUGACUGAUUGGGCUUGGGUGUACACUCUAUAUAUAUUCUCUACAAUAUGUAAGCAUUUCUUGGCCAUUUACCCGAUAUCUGAUUGGCUUAUUACACUAUCUAUAGAAAACUUUCACCUGAAAACCAAGUAGAGAAACUUUCUUAUGCCUACUGAAUUACGCUACACCACUUCUUCAUUAAUUUCACGUUGUGAAGAUUAAACGUUAUUGAUAUGAAUUGUUCAUAUAUUUAUGCGUUUUCUUCAGCAAUUCUCGCUUUGUUUUUUGAGUUUUUUUUUCUAAUAAUUUGCUUCUUCGCUAAAAGGCAUGGCGAAAUAGUCCUUCUAAUCCAGAAUUGAGAUUCCCCGAACCAAAUUCAUUCAUUACUACUGAAUUUGAUUUGUUGCAAAACAAAUGCUCCAUGAAUGUGGAAAUGCCAGAAUUAUUAAUCGAAACAGAGAUGUCUCGUAUUUGGUACUUUCAAGAUACAGAAUUCAAUCUUCCCAAAGGUUUUAUCAAAUUUCAUAUUGUCAGUUUGUCAACAUUUUGUAGUCCUUUACAUGAAACACUUUGUGCGUUUUAUGUAAACUUGUUUUUGGAUCAGAUUUAUGAACUUAAUUACUCUAGUGUGUUUGCUGAUAUAACAGUUCAUGUGGGAUAUACUAAUAGAGGUAUCACGCUUUUGUUUUCAGGAUUUACCCACAAAUUGAAAACUUUUGUCCAAGAAAUAGUAACACAACUUGUCGAUUAUUGUGAACCAAAAACUGAUCGUUUCGAAUGCAUCCGUGAGAAAAUUUCCCAAAAUAUUACCAAUUUUUCAUUAAAACCAACUCAUCAUCAGGCCUGCACAUAUUUAACGAAUAUUACUUUACAUCAUUCUUGGAUUAUUGAUGAUUUUAUUCAAGCUCUAAAAGAUAUCACCUACGAAAAGUUGGUUAAUUAUAUCAAAGAGUUUUAUGAACGCAUUUUUAUCGAAGGCCUUAUAUAUGGCAGUAUCACCGAAGAGGAUGCAAUAAAUUAUUACGAAAUGAUUCGAGAUCUGUUAAUACAAAAAUUUGAUUCUAAACCAUUUUUGCUAUCUCACAUCGCAACACCUCGAGAAGUUAUAAUUCCUGAAGAUUCCAGUUUUCUUUAUCAACGAUAUAUUUCUGGUCAACCAGCUUCUGCGAUUUACUAUUACCUUCAAUGUGGUGAGCAGUCUACGCUUAACAAUACAUUACUUCAUCUGUUUUAUCAGAUUGUAAGAGGACCCAUUUUCGAUAAACUACAUACGGAACAACAAUUGGGUUAUGUUGUACAGGCUGGACUUCGACGAUCCAACAAACUACAAGGUUUUCGUAUUUUAGUGCAAUCAUCUUAUCAUCCUAAUAAAAUUGAUAAAUGUAUCGAAGAAUUUCUACUUACUGUAAAUAAACUGUUAGAAGAUAUGUCUGACGAAGAAUUUAAUGUUCAUGUGCGAUCCCUCAUGACACAUUUACUGGAAAAACCGAAAGGUAUGCAAGAUCGAUUUGGGCGUUUAUGGUCUGAAAUUGCUUGUGGACAUUAUAAUUUCAAACGAAGAGUAUAUUGAUCCUUCAUCAUGUACAAGAAGAAAAUUAGUAGUUCAAAUAAUAUCAAGUGAGGAACAUUUAUGUGAUUCAGGAUUUAGUAAUCAUAGCAAGAAGGUAGUCGUCUUAAAAAAUCAUACGGAAUUGAAACGUUACUAUCCGCUGAGUUCUUUAACAAAACCAUUCAUGAUGUUCACUUCCAAAUAUGAAGGGAUAUCACUACGAUUUUAAUCCGGUUACCUGGAUUGCAGAUUUAGAAAUAGUCAAUAUACGCGUCACUUUUUGAGAUUGCCAAAACGUGUCAUUUUUCAUGCACUAAACGCUUUUGAUUUUUUAAUGUCUUUAUUUUUCUCUUUGGAAAAAUUUGACACAAAGCAUGUUUUAUAAAUCUUGCUUUCAUAAGACAGAAAAUAUUUAAUGAUGUAUAUGCUUUUCUACUACUUUUUGGUGCAGCUAUUCAUUUGACUGUUUCUUAUACUUUUCCUUGUGAAUUAACUCAUUAUUUCUGAAUAUAUUUUGGUACCUCAUCUCUGUAAAGUAACUGAAAUUCUUCAUGGUGAUUUUCAAUCAUUAUGAUCUAAGAUAUUCUUUAAAUACAUUUAUGAAAUUACUAGCUAUUUUUUAUUAUAUGUUCGUUGAUAUGUGAUGACAAAUGAAUAGUUGGAGAAACUCCCGUUUUAUUUCUUCAUAAAUUUUUUUUUCUUUUUUUAACUUCUGAAUCAAUAAAAACUUGUAGCUUAAUACCGUAUAUUUCAAUGUUUUAAACUCUCGUCUUUGAGAACUUUUAACGUUAAUGUGAAUGUUUAUGUAUGUCACUACGGUUGGUCAAAGAAAAAUAUAUAUAAUGAACAUUUUUUCAUGGACUUUCA